AUGAUCGGGCAUCUCCACACAUAUGACAUCACAUACACCAUCUCUCUCUUGGAAGUACACAACCCAACACAAUACCAUUUCAGUCCACCAAAAAUGUCGUCGAAAACAGCCUAUGAAGAUUUUCAGAGUGAGCCCCAGGAUCCCCUGCUCUGUGACGCGCUAAAAAUGUCACUCACCACGGCUCAGGCCUGGACUCAAAUCGGUGGCAUUUCGGCUGCAGAUGAUAUCGCCACACAUGUUCUCGAUGGCUCUCUGGACGAGGCGAGUACUCUCAAUCUGGCCGCAACGGUGUCCAAUGGAUACUUUUUGCUGCGACAAUACAUCACAUCAGCUACCAAAGCCCCUAAAUUGGUUAACUGGGCCACAACAACAUAUCCCGACACUGACGAACGAGGAAAGAUGAUAUGCCGACGAAUCCUCUUUCUGUGUUCGUCGGAGCGUAUUGAGGGCUUGAAUGUCGCCACCCUUGCCAAAGGCCUGGAACUGGGACUCACAGAUCUGCAGGAUCAGCUGGAGAAGAAGAAACAGGACAAGAACCUGCUUCUACAGCAUCUGAGAGAAAUCCUGUCGGGAUUUGUCUGUCUCAUUACAGUCUACAAGACAGUUCGAGAGGACCAGGAGAAACAGACAAGUGAAACUCUGAAACAGAUUGUGCCUCAUGUGCUCACUCUAGCCACUCAAAACCCAGAGCUUCUGUACCCCUGUAUCCCCAUUAUCAGUUGUCGUCCUGAUGUCGCAGUGGAGUCGCAGAAGCUGUUUGUGACGUAUCUGGAGACGUUGGAGGUGCAACUCAAGCAGGUUUUGUGUGCCACCUAUCCAGACAUCACUGCCUUGGCUCAGCUACUCUAUGGACUUGCUCCUCUGGUCCCUAUCGUCACAACUGUCGAUGGCGCAGAACCAGCCAGAGAGAUCCUCUGUAGAGUUUUCUUGCCAUCUGACGAAGACCGAAAGGAGGCCAUUGGAAAGACCAAGAGUAUUCCCAGCCGACUUCUCAAGGUGACAGAGGAGCCCGAGUUCCAGGACUGCAAGUUUCUGGUCAACGAGGCCCAAUGGGUGCUGUGUGAAGAGAACAAGGACAAGUUCACAGAUGCCAUUGGCUUCGGCUAUGCUGCGGGUUACCUUACUGGAUUCGCCGCCUCUUCUGCCUCCACUGGACCUGCAUCUAACUCUGGUUUUGGCUAUGAUAAAGUCACAGGACAGAAGCUGACACCUGAACUGCAAGAGCUGAAGAAGCUACAGGAACAAAUCAGCGCAAUGAGCCCUGAAGAGAAGGAACGGGAGGCCGAAAAACUCAUGUACCUUUUUAACCGAAUGAAGGAGUUGGGAAUUGUCAACUUUGAUCAUCCCAUGCGAGCUGCCCAGGAGAGUGGUCGUUUCGAGGAGCUGGAUUAA